GAGGGGGGUGGUGGACAUCACCCCCCUCCCCUCCUCCACCACCAAAAAAAAAGACGCGAACGAGAGUUGAGCCGCGGAAAGAAAGCAAGAAGACGGCGGCAAACCCAAAAAAAUUCCUCGAAAGUGUGCAGAGAAGGCUACGAACAUCAUCAACAACAACAACAAACUACAUCCUUCUCCACGCGAAAUGGAAUCGUCGGCCGCGGCUGUUAAACGAAACCAGGCGCUGAGGUUGGUGGACCUUGCCGUGAGCCACCAGCACGCGUGCCAGACCCUCGCCGGCUCGGCCUUCAGCGACUUCGCCGGCUACCCGCAGUCGCAGCCGCUCACUCACCCCUCCGUCGAGGGCACCGCGGGGGGGUCCCAGGCGGCGUCGCACGCAUUCGAACCGCCCGGGGAAGUUUCAGGAUCCGCCCUUAAAUUAAGCCCCCCUCCCCAUCUGCCGGGACACGUCGAUCUCCUGGCGGGGUCCCACCACCACCAGCACCACCACGCCACCACCACCACCGCCACCACCGCGGGUGGCUUUAGUGCUUCUGUCGCGGGCGGGGUGGACUAUGGGAGUCCCGUUGCGCGUGCGAACUACUCCGGCGGACGAGACUUCAUCAUACGCCAGAACAUCACGGCAGCGGCGGCGGCGGUGGCUGCCACAACAGCGAUGCCCGGCCUCAACGACCCGCUCGGAGACGCCAUGAGCAGCGGAGGAGGAGGUGGAGGAGGAGGAGGGGGAGGAGGAGGAGGAGUUGGUGGCGGUGGCCAAGGACACAGGGAGCAGGUUCCGCACGGAGGCGGUCACGGACUCAACGGGCAGAUGCGUCUGGCUCUCCCGCUCGACGUUUACGCGCGGCACCACCACCACCAUCACCACCACCACGCAGAGUACGCGGCUCAGCUCGGUCGCACCCAGGACCCCUUCUCGGCUGCGGCGGCCGCGGCCGCUGCGGCUGCCGCAGCUGCCGCAGCUGCCGCGGCCGCGGGCUCGUCGCUCCACGGGUUCAGUUCUGGCGCUUUCUUCCGCUACAUGCGCCAGUCCGUGAAACAGGAGUUGCUGUGCCGCUGGGCAGAGAGGGGUCCUGUCCCAUCCCUGCAGCAGCAGCAUCACCAUCACCAUCAUCAGCAGCAUCAGCAACAGCAGCAGCAGGGAGGAGCGCCCAAAGCAUGCGGACACACGUUCGCGAGCAUGCACGAGUUGGUGGCGCACGUCACGGGAGAGCACGUGGGUGGGCCCGAGCAGGCCCACCACGUGUGCCACUGGGACGAGUGUCCCCGCGAGGGGAAGCCCUUCAAGGCCAAGUACAAGCUGGUGAACCACAUCAGGGUGCACACGGGCGAGAAGCCCUUCCCGUGCCCCUUCCCCGCCUGCGGCAAGGUGUUCGCUCGCUCCGAAAACCUCAAGAUCCACAAGAGGACGCACACAGGCGAGAAGCCGUUCAAGUGCGAGGUGGAGGGCUGCGACCGCCGCUUCGCCAACAGCAGCGACCGCAAGAAGCACAUGCACGUGCACACGUCGGACAAGCCCUACCUGUGCCGCGUGCGCGGCUGCGGCAAGUCGUACACGCACCCCAGCUCGCUGCGCAAGCACAUGAAGGUGCACUGCCGCCCCUCGGGACACUGCAGCGACACGGAGCCAUCGAGUCCUCCCAAGGGCUCGUCUGGUGGCGGUGGCGGUGGCGAUAGUGGUGGUGGUGGUGGUCGUAACCACCACCACCAGCAGCAAGACCAUCAGCAGCAGCAGCAGCACUCGCUGCUCGGGCGAGUGCUGCACGCGCACAAGCAGCAGGAGCUGAGUCUGCAGCGCCAGCUGCACUCGCUUGCGCAGCCGCAGCCGCAGCACGCUGCUCGUGCCGCUAACAUGAAUGAGUGGUACGUGUGCCAGAGCGCCGGCGGCGGGGUCGGGUCGCCGUCUCCACGGCAGCCUUCGUCUUCACCGGACCUUCAGUGAAGGCCAUCCACUCACCCCACCCACGUACUACCAACACAGCCGCUCCCCAACCCCCCCCACACACACCCACACUCACUCACUCACACACACACCCGCACACACCCACACCCACCCACACACACACACACCUACCCACACACACACACAAACAUCCACACACACACACUCACACACACACCUACCCACACACCCACACACACCCACACACACACCCACACACACACACACCCACACACACACACUCCCACACACACACCCACCCCUGCCCCCCACCUCUCCCACACUCACCACGACUGCUCCACUGAACUGAAGCUCCGCACGAAUCAUUAAAACAGAAACCCCGACCGCUUCAGUGUCGCGGCAACGAUCAUCUGUGGUGGUGGUGGCGGUGGUGGUGGCGGUGGUGGUGCUGUGAUGGUUGGUUUGGUGGGGUUCGGGUGAUAUUUAUUUUGCUGGUUCAUUGCUUUGUUUCGUUUCGGGGGCGAAGUACAUUGACAAUUGAAGACUGUCUCGUGACGAAGCGGGGCUGGUUGGUUGAUUAGACGGUCCGCUUUUGGGUUGUUUGGUUGACAAAUCGGAUGGCCGUAAUGGCAGGCAGGCUGGUUGAUGUAUUGUCAGCCGCUAGACUGCCUCACUGGGUUGUUUUUACUGGUUGGGAUGGUGAACAGACUGCAGGCUGGAUGGCUGGUGAGCUUAUAGUUUCGUUGGUUGGCUGUGUGCGUAUGUCUGACUGUUGGGUCGCUUGGCUGACUGAUUGACUCGCAGGCCGGCUGGCUGACUGACUGUCGGCUUGGCACCGCUGUGUGGACGUGUGGCUGCUGGAUUGAUGAGCUGGUGAGUCGGCGAGUUUGUUUGGUUGGUGGAGGGCGUAAGAGGAGGUGGAGAGAC